GUUUCAUAACAAUUUUUUGACGCGGUUUGUAUAGUAAAGUUACACAAACAACAUGCCAACCUCUGCAAAUUUUUCCAUGAAGAAAAGAAAAGCUGCAACAUUAUCUCCUCCCGUUGUUACUUCAAAGCGGAGCAAGAAAGGAGACGAGGACACAAAACCAAAGAAGCUCGAACCAAAAGAUUAUAGAAAGAGACUUAUUCCUAGAACCACUAAAAUGUUGGAUGUGAAAACAGAAGAGAAAAUCUCAGUGAAAGAAGAAAAUAUUCCUGAGAUUCAAGCUCCAUUAGCUGUUCAUGCUGAUGAAAAUGGCAUUGAUAAUGGAGUAAGCAGUUAUGAACAACUUCGACUGAAGAAUCUUCAAGAUAAUGCUGACUUUUUUGCUAAACUGGGUAUAACAGAGAUGAAAACAGAGAUAAAACAGUCAACAAAGCCCUCUAAAACAACUCAGCUUAAAUCUAAGCCAGUGAAGAAGGAAAAGACAAAAGCUCCACCAGAGCCAAGAAGGACCAGUUUAAGAAUAGCCAAAAUGGAUCCAGAUGGUGCUCCUUUGCCGGAGGAUUAUUUUAAACAACCAUUUGAACCUGUGGAAGAACAUCCGAGAAAACCAUCAGGACCUUUAGAGAUGGCAGAAUAUCUUGGAUUUAACAGUUCCGAUUCUGAACAUGAGGACUUGUUGGCUAAAAUGAAAGGCUGCUUUAAAUGUAAGAUAGAGAAAUCAACCGAGGACAAAACAUCAUUUGAUAGUUAUGUGAAGAACUUAAGUAAUCUGAAGAUAAACAUGGAACGAGUAGCUAAGGUUGUACCAAACAGAGUAUUCUCCCUUGACAUUCAUCCAACUAACACCAAACUAAUAACAGCAGCUGGUGACAAGUGGGGAUUCUUAGGAAUCUGGGAUGUGAUGGCAGGAAGAGAGUUCCAGACAGAUGGUGUUGUUGUGUAUACACCACAUUCUCGACCAAUCAACUGUCUCAAAUUCUCACUACAUAAACAAAAUCAACUGUAUUCCUGUAGUUAUGAUGGAACUGUUAGAUGCUGUGAUUUACAAAAAAGUGUCUUUGAUGAGAUUUAUUCCACACCUGAUGAAGUACUGUUGAAGAGUUUUGACUUUAUGACUGCUGAUACAUUACUUGUGGCCCAACAAGAUGGUUGUAUUGCCAUGGUAGAUACAAGGACCUCUAGAAGUACUGCAGAAAACUUGUACCAAUUGCACCAGAAAUCUCUACGUUCUGUCAGUGUACAUCCUUUACAGGACAAUAUCUUCUGUACCAGUAGUACAGACGCCACUGUUUGUAUUUGGGAUAUAAGAAAGCUGAAAGAAAAAGGGAAGAGUCAAUCUUUAGAUGAAUUGAGUCAUGAUAAAACAAUAAACAGUGCUUACUUCUCACCAGUGACAGGAAACUUCAUCCUAUCAACAUCUCUGGAUGACAGAAUAAGAAUAUUCAACAGUGAAAAUCUCUCCGAUUGUAAAAAAGAACACAGCAUUAUACAUGACAAUCAUACAGGGAGAUGGCUGACAGGUUUUAGAGCUACUUGGCACCCUACAAGAGAGGACCUGUUUACUGUGGGCAGUAUGUCAAGACCAAGACAGAUUGAUGUUUAUGGUGUAAAUGGCAGAAAGGUGUUAGCUAUGAAAGAUGAAGAAUACCUUGGAUCUGUAUGUUCGUUAACUGUGCUUGGUCGUAACCAAGACGUUAUGGUUGGAGCUAACUCUAGUGGAAAAUUACAUGUAUUUAAAUAACGAUGAAGGCAUGUCUGGUUACACGGGUCAAUUGUUAUUCUUUAUUUACACAAGUUAUAUUUUACAAGUUCUACAAUUGGUUGAAAUAAAUAGACCAUUUGCAUAUUACUUAAGUUGAUUCUAAAAUUAUGAGUUAUUUUAACAGAAAAAGAAAUUGGGUUACCACUUAUGCAAACCUAAGGUAGGACGCAAAGGACAUAUAGUGUGUCUGACCAUUUGAAAUAUUCACUUUUGUAAGUGCUUUAAAAAUGUAAAUAUGUCCAACUCUCAUUUCAAAGUCAUUUUGAUUUUAAAGAAAUACAAUGAAACCGUUUUUGAAAAUUAAAGAUCUUUAUGCAAUGUAUAGUUAUCUCCCUUGCCUCUAGCUUGUUUUUAAAAUUGCAUUACUCAUCACAGAUUUUAGGGAAGGCUUACUGUAAACCAACUAAUUUUUGCAAGCAAUUUAUUUUCGCGACUUUUGCUAGACAAUAACGCAAAUAUAAAUCGUCGCAAAUAUGUAUAACUUGGAUUUUCAUCAAGUUAAUUUGAAAAUCGCGAAAAUAAAUCGCCGCGUAAUGGAGUAGAAAGGGCUUAACGCAAAAUAAAGUAUCCGCGAAAAUAAGGUGGUUUACAGUAUUUGUUUCUUUAGGACAAGGACAAAUAUAUAAUAGUGCGAUAAGUUUGUGUAGUUAUGAACAUUAAUCAAGUACACAUGUCAAUCUACCAGGAUUCAGCAUGCUCUUUAUUUUCCUUAUUCAAUGACUACUCCAUUGUUACUCAGUAGUUUAAAACUAGUUAGUACUUUAGGCUGAUAACUUUAUUCAUGCAUGCAUGUACAUCUGGAAAGAUCUAUUUUUUAACAGAUUGAAUAAUGUAACUUGCAUCCUCUGGUAGGAAUGCAGUGACAGUUAACCGAAGUAUUUCCCGUGUUAAAAGUACAAGUAGUAGAAUCAACUUUGUAUAGUCAUGUGACCAGGUUAUUAAUUAGUUAUUCAUUUCAUUGUUAUUCCAUAUACCUUUGUGUUCAAGAAGAUGUAUUUUCUUAAAUGAAUAUUUCAUUUAAAAAGUGGACAUAUUGAUGUUUUCAUGUAACUUGGUUUUUGAAAAAUAGAAUAUUGUUAUCAUUUCAAACAUUGUCCCAAUUGUUUUUGUUUUUUUAAAAACAAGGGUAAUAUUAACCAUUUUAAAAUAUUAGAAAUAAGUACAUUGUAUGAAUAGAAUUUUGGGGUAUUAAAGCAUUUAUAUAUUUACUGUUAUACAAUAAAAAAAGUUAUUACAUGGUAUGAGUAGAAUCUUAGAUCAUGUGUGAUAAAACAUAAAAGCCAGUGAUAUUGUCUAUGUAUAAAUAAACAUCAUUGUCUUGUAAAUUUUUAUAUGUAAAUGUUAGUGUAUAUAAUGUGUUCAUUUUUUAACAGAAUAAAUUAUUCUGUUGAAAAGGUGCUAUGUACAUUUUUAUUAUGUUUUACAUCAAUUUUAAUCAUUUUGAUUUUUUCUUUUCAUCACUAACAAGAGCCUAUAGUCAUGAAAUUUUACUCAGUGCUUGGAGAAACAAAAUGUUUGCUCCAAACACCAAAUCCAGUACUUUUAUUGGUUAAAUUCUGUGUACAAUAUGUUUACUCUAAAUGUCCUUGACCGCAAGGCCAGAACAUAUUAAGUCUGUUUCAAGUAUAAUAUGCAAACUGUUGAUUUAUCUGAAGUACACUGCUUUAAGUCUGUCGAGGUGGACAUAGUCUUUUUGAUUUUGGUCAACUCUGUCUCAUUUCUUGAUAGAAAAUAUAUUUAAGUAAGAAAGUGGUAUGUUGAUGAAAAGAAUAAUUUGAUGAAGAAGAAAGCUCUUUAAAACAUGAGGAUUGAGGUUCAAAAUAAGGAUUGAGUCCAGGCCCAUAGCCAGGAAUUUUCAAAGGGGGGUUACAUCAACUCAGGUCAAAAAAGAUCUCAACUUAGAUAGUCACAAUUCAAACAGACGGCAACUUUAAUAGUGCUUAUUUGUUUUCAAAAGAGGGUUCGUACGAAUCCCUCAAACACCCCUGGCCAUGGGCCUGGAUCCAUAGACUUUAAUCAUGUCUACUUUUCAUUUUGGCAGAUAGGGCUAAUGAAAAUUUCAUAAUCAUUACAUGCAUAAUGUUUCUCUGAAGUAGUGGCUACCAAAAGUCAACCACUGCUUAGAAGUUGACAGUUGUAUAGUUUUAGUAAUUAUUGGUGACCUUCGGCUGUUUUCUGCUCUUUGGUAGGGUUGUUGUCUCUUUGACACGUUCCCCAUUUCCAUUCUCAAUUUUAUAAUCUCGCACCAAAUUGUGUUCAGAUAAUAUACAUUCAAUCACAAAACAAACAUUGAUGUCUCUAGGUUUGAAAUCAUUUUUGUGAGUCUUACUUCAAAUUAGCAGUGGUCCGAGGUCCGGGACCUAUCAGAUUUAGGGUCGGACUUCCGAUUUGGUUAUAAGCUGCACCAGACGGACUUUAGAUUUUCAAGUUUCAGAAAACAUAUAUGAUGAAUUUCUGUAUGAAACACUUUGUUAUAACUUGUAAAUUGAUGUGAUAAUGAGUCACAAUAAAUUAGCUUUAGUGAAAGGGACACAAAAUCUUAAAAUUGAUCCAAUCAAAAGUCAAUAUUUGGAC